AUGAUGCCAGCCAUGGACGAGCGGGGAUCCGCCAUCACACAACCAAGAAGCAGACCUCCUCGUCAGCCUAGGGAGGAGCGUCGCCUACUCCCCGCACCGACACUUGCAGAGCAGUGCGCACUGCGCCCGAAGCCAUUGAACAUCCAGCAAAACAAGCGCGACUCUCCGCCACUGCCAAAGGCUCCGCCGCCAUCCAGGAAUGAGAGUGCAUCCUACGAGGGUCCGCGCGAUCCAGAAGUUGUGGAUGCGGCACCAACAUGGCUGCGCCGCAAUGACUCGCCAGCCCGUGGCAUCAGUACAAGAUCGCAGACGAGCGGCGGAGGUGGUCGACAGUCCGAGAUAUCUCUGAUUGAAUGUUACCUCCGUGAUCCAUCACCUGCGAUGAAGAGUCCUGAGAUGUUGCCUCCAACACCAGAGCUCGAUGUGGCCAUCAAAAAGUUCGACUUUGAACUGCCGGAUACACCCAGUCCAUCAAUGCCGAAGGAGAAGGAUUCUGACACUAUAUCCGGAGCUGAGCGCAAAGAUUCUGCCGUCGCAUCCAUGUCUCCUUCGGAGGCUGAAGUCGCUCCAACCCAAGGAUACAGCUUGUUUCCAGCAGCUCAGCAAGUCCCAAUCAUCCAACAUGUCAGACCGCCAGCCCGGCAACCUGCCGUGACAACCGUCGAUCCAUCCAUCUUCCGAGACAUCACGCCGAGAAGCUUGUUACCAUCCCAUCCGCAACCUGGCCAAUCCUACCGACCUCGAAAAGAAAGCUUAUCCAGCUCCGCCCGCAGUCGAGCGGACAGCAUCAAUUCUUUCCGUCGUGAUCGAUCGGGCCAGCUGAUCCCAUUGCGGAUCCUAUCCGGCGGAUCCAUGGGAAGCAAUGCGAGGACUGUGUCAAGCUCAACAACGAUGAUGAACCACUCCUCUCCCAGUUCUCGCUGGUCGGACGACACCAUCACUUCUCCCACCGUUACAUCAAUGCCAGGACCGAGAGCUUCCUUCACCUCCUUACUUCGCCAAGACAGCGCGCAGUAUCCUGACUGCUUUUUCGAGGAUGAUGAUGAGUCGGCGGCAUUGAGUAAAAAGUUCCGGGCCUGGAAGAGGUCGACCGGCGGUGAGAGUAGGAGGUCGAAGGGGAUGUUCGAUGAGCCGGAAAGUUUUGGUCGGCGGUUUGCGCGAGCGAUGAUGUGCGGAUGCGGAGGGCGAUGA